UGUGCAUAUAUCUCAUAAUAAUUUCAUAAAAAGCCCUCGCGUCCUCUAGGGUUCCCCCCUCCGCUCUCUCGUGUUUUUUUUUUCCUCUCCCUGGAAAGCAUCAAAGCAAGAUCUCUGCUCGAUAACUUGGAUGAAAGCGUUACUUGUCUGAGAUUUUAGACGAGAUCUUUAUAGAAAUUCGACCUGCGUACUUAAAAAAAAUGCAAAGGGUUUGUGAAGAGGGUGAAGACGAGAAGCUUUGCUCCUUUUCGAAUGUCAGGACCCUCUUGGCAAGUAGGCUGCUUGAAGGAGUUCCUGUGACAUACAUCUUUAAGAAGCACAAGGCUGAGCUCCAUGGUUUCAUUAAGGGCGAUGGAUAUAGAUGUGGAUGUUCCGUCUGUGAUUACAAACAAGUAGUCAGCGCAGACGAGUUUGAGAAGCAUGCAGGUGUCACAUCAAGCCAUGCAAAUAAUCACAUAUAUUUGGCGAAUGGGAAGUCACUUCAUGAAGUUGUUAAAGACCUGAUUGGGGUGCCACUUGAAUCAGUGCAUGAAGAGUUGAAAGCCAUUGUUGAGAUGGAUCCAAACAUCUAUGAUGCUUCUAAAGAUGAAUCAGCUCAAGCAUCAGGUUGCGAAGUUAAGCAUAUAAGCCAUGAAGAGCAACAAACUAGAGUUGAUGCUAUGCCAAGUCAGAUGUUAUCCUCCAAGUUCCUUAGUGAGCCAAGAUUAUGCAAUGAUAUGGAAGCUUCAAAUGAUUGUCAAACCAAUUCAAGCUUACAUGAUGAUUGUGAAAGUGGUUCCUAUUCAACAGUGAGCUGUGAAGCAGAUAGUACGCCAAUCAACGGAGUUAAACAAAAUGGAACAGAUGGCAUUACAAGGCAGGAGGUCUCAACAAUGUUCAUUCAUCAGCUUCCUCUGAAUUUAAGUAUCGUUCAGAAGACAACUCAAGAAGAACCAGCACUUAGCACUCCUCCAAGAAACGAAAAAAACAGACCCUACCAAGAAUCUGAUCAACCCUCUCCAAGGAACAAGAACGUAUUAGACCCCUGUAGUCUCUCACAGAACAUGGUAACUGAGUUCUCUCCGGAAGUUCCUAAACAUCAGAAGAUAGAAACUGAGUUCUUGAAGAAAAAUCUUGAUGUUAGAAGCUUGCUUAGAACUGGAUUGCUUAGUGGACGAAAGGUGAAGUACAUGAAAGACCAGGCAGAGCUUGAUGGGCUUAUACAUGAUGAGGGCUAUCUAUGUGGGUGUUUGUCGUGCAACUAUAAAAAGGUUGUCUCUGCUCUCAAGUUUGAGAUACAUGCAGGGGCAGUGUCAAAAAAUCAAAAUAAUUACAUUUACUUGGAGAAUGGAAUAUCUAUAUGUGCAUUAGUGAAAAAGUUGAAUAAUGCUCCUAAAGAUUCACUACGUGAACUGAUUGAGAAAGAGAUUCCUUGUCCAGAUAAGGACCCAUUAAGCAAUCAGAAUGGAUCAUUUCAAACAGCAAGUAUCGCACAGUCAAAAAAUAGUGAAGAAAAUCAAUUGACUCAGACAAUAGAGAUUCAGAUUGACCCUCACUUAGUUGAAGAAUUAUCGGAUUCAACUUCAGAAGGUUGUAAGUCUGCACCUUCAAGUAUCAAUGUUAUGUUUGAUUCCCCACUGCCACAUAUAGAAGGAAACUCAUCAUAUACUGAUGUUAACAUUAGUCCUUUGGAGUCGGCUAAAGUGAAUAUCAGUCCAGGUUCAAAUAUAGCACUACAUGGACAGAAGAGUUCUGUACUGGAAACUAGAUACGAAAACAGAAAAAGACCAAUGCCAUCACCAAUUUGCUCUAUUUCCGGUCUGACACCCUCAUCAAAUAUGCUGGAAUCUGAUAUUCGUCCUGUUCAUCGGAUGGUUGAAAGUCAAGGUAGUACUAAGAAAAGGACUGGCGAUUUGCAUAAAAUAAUUUUCAAUAUCCUUCAAGAUGGAGCUAUGUUAUUCUACUGUACGAGUAGCAAGACAAUAUUGGAAGGUCAAAAAAUGGGAAAUGGUAUCUUGUGUAGCCACUGUGACGAAGUGGUUAGCCCUUCAACGUUUGAAGCUCACGCGGGGUUUGAUAAAAGGCGUCAACCUUAUCGUAACAUAUACACUUCCAGUGGCUCUUCACUUCAUGACCUCACACGGUAUUUGUCGAAGAACCAAACUUCUGCUUGUAUGAUUUGUGGAGGUAGAGAAGAGCUGGUUUCUUGUAUUAGAUGUGCCAAGGCUUUUCAUCCAGGAUGCUACACUCCUGAUGCUGAUAGUGCAUCAUGCUGUUUAUCUUGUAAAGAUAAUUCUGAACCUGAAACAACCUCUAAAGUACAAUCUCAUGCUGUGCCCAAGCCAUUUAAUUUUGGUCUAAAACGUGUGAUAAAGCACCCAAAAGACGUUGGCUGUGCCCUAUGCGGGGACAGUUCCUUUGAAAUGGGGAAAGAAUUUGGAUCUAAAUCAUUUGUCUUUUGUGGUCAGUGUGAGAAAUUGUAUCAUGUCGGUUGCUUAAAAGAUCAGGGCAUAUGCGAUCUACAGGAACGACCCUUGCCAUGGUUUAGUUGGUUAUGUUCUAUAGAAUGUCAAGAAGUUCACAACGAUCUACGACAAAUGGUCUUGACUUCACCUCAUGAAAUUCAUGCAUCAACACUGAGUUUAUUAAAGAAGACUGAAGAGGAUUUAAUUAGUGAAGGUGAACCUAAAGUGAACUGGCAACUUCUGAGUGGUGCACAUAAGACUUGUGACAAUGAGAUGCUCUUUUCAAAGGCAACUGCAAUUUUUCAGGAAACAUUUGGCCCUAUACUUGAGAAUGGCUACAAUCUGAUACCUGCUAUGGUUGAAGGUCAAGAGAUGGCUAAACAAUAUUAUGGGGGGAUGUAUUGUGCAGUUAUAACUGAAAAGUCUGAAGUUGUAUCAGCUGGACUUAUCAGGAUAUUUGGUCGCAAUGUUGCAGAACUUCCUUUGAUUGCGACGCGUAAUGAAUGCCAAGGAAAGGGUUACUUUCAAGCUCUUCUUUCGAUAAUCGAACAGUUGAUGAUCAGGUUAAAAGUGAAGUGUCUUGUACUACCAACAGAUGAAUUUGCACAAUCAAUUUGGAUAAAUAAGUUUGGGUUUAUCAAAAUGGCACAGGAGAGGGUGAAGCAGUAUGCAGACAACCACUGGAUACUAAUGUUCAAGAAGAAAAUCAUGUUGGAGAAAGCAUUGCGUCAAUCCCAAAGUUGAUGGAAAUGCAAAGAUAAUGUGAAAUAUUAACCUUAUAUUAUUGCUACUUUUCCCUGGAUGAUACUGUGCACUGGUAUUUAUGAUAACUCUCCCAACGGACAAGGGGCAUUUUAACUGGUUAAUAUUUACUUACAAAAAAAGUAAAGGAUUUUGCUGUUACAAUUUGUAUAAUUCUUUUGUUCUUUUUCCAUGUAAAUAAUGAAUAUUCUCUGUGAUUCUUGGAAAACUAAUGGGAGAACAGAUUAUUAUAUUAGUAUUUAGUA